AUGAAUUCCACUCCUCCCGUGCUAGUCGUAGGCGCUGGGCCAGCAGGUCUGGUAGCAGCGUUGACGCUCCUCCAGAAUGGCACCCCAGUUCGCAUCAUUGAUAAAGACCCCAAUCCUCGUAUCGGACAGCGCGGUUCCGCAAUCUGGGCACGCUCCCUUGAACUCUUCAACUUCCUGGAUGUUCCAGAAGUCAACGACUUGGGGAAACCCGUUCCUGUGAUCCGUUCGUACCGGUCAGGGACGUUGGAACUUAUGACGGAGUAUUCAAUAGUCCCGCAUAUGGAACCGACCCCCGCGAUACCAUUCUACGUUUCUAAAAUGAUAGGUCAACAACUCCAAGAUGUGAUUUUACGAAGCCACCUAGAAAAAUUCUUGUGCUUUGUCGAGAUGGGCACUGAACUGCGUUCGGUCGAGCAGUCCAACGAAGGUGUCACCGCUGUUCUAGCAAAGAACGGCAUAUUGGAGACUUUCAACACUAAGUGGGUGAUCGGCGCUGAUGGUGCUAAAGGCAUCGUGCGCAAACAACUCGGUCUCACGUUUUUGGGCGAAACGAGAGAUGAUGCCCGAAUUGUCGUCGGAGACAUUCGUUUAAAUUGCGUUGGUCUUGAUAGAUUGCAUUGGCACCAAUUUGGACACUUUAAAACACGAGGCCUCUCAUUACGUCCAACUGACGAAAUUGGCGAGGAUGGCUGGCAAUUCUUCAUCUUUGGUGGUGAUGUAGACUUGACAAAGGCCGCUCAGAGCGAGGAGCUGGUCUUCGAAAUCAUCGCAUCGUUGAUACCUACGGAGAUUACGUUCACCAAGGUCGUCUGGAUGAGCGAGUUCAAAGCCAAUAUUCGUAUGGUAAACAAGUUGAGCGAGGGUCGAGUUUUUGUUGUGGGUGAUGCUGCUCAUGUCCACAGUCCAACCGGUGGUCAAGGACUGAACUCCAGUGUACAAGAUGCCUUCAAUCUAUGUUGGAAGCUUGCGCUCGUCGAAAAAGGACUCGCCAACAAGUCUCUUCUUGAGACGUAUACUGCCGAGCGUCUGCCUGUCAUCUCCGAGAUGCUUGAGCUGACCACCACGAUUCUGAACCAGGUAGUAAAGGCAGGAGACAUGACCAUUCCACGAAAUCCUAUCACUUUCAUGCUCGGUGUCAACUGUCGAUUCAGCAACAUCGUUCUCGAUGAGUUUGCAAUUCCAGGGAAGCCUAUCAAUGCGUACGGGGUGCUUGACGAGGGGAAUCUGGAGGCUGGGGACAGGGCGCCUGAUGCACCAAAUAUGUUGCAGGUGGGAGGUGGGAAGUCUGGCAUGAAGACGCUUUUUGGCCUUUACAGGCCUUGGUAUCACACUGUGCUUGUGUUCGCUUCGAAUCACGCAGAUGCUACCCCGAUCUUGGGUGCGCUGGAAGCAUACGACACAAGUGUUGUGCGAUCAGCAGUCGUUCUGCCUUCAUCCAUAUCAGCGACGUCUAUUGCACCCCCUGCUGAUCUCGUUCUUGUCGAUCAGGAGGGCCAUGCUUAUUCAGCUUACCUCGUGGAAGCUGGCCAGACGAAGGUUUUUGUGAUACGGCCGGACGGAGUGAUUGGGGCGAUUGUUCAUGGUGUAGAAGGCGUAAAGAAGUAUUUCUCCAAAAUAUUUGUGGAUGCAUAG